GCAGCCACGAACCGCAGACGUUUCGACUCCGUUUCGAUCAGCCCUUGAGGCGUUUCGCUCGAGCCUACGCCGUGUUUCGGGAACUGAGCGUGAAGCAGGAGGAGGUGCUUCGGCUGUCAACGCCAGAGCAUCCAGAUCUGGAUUUGGAUGCUACAGCUAGCACCUACGCCUUCUGUGACGGCCAGGAGGUCACCUUCAGCACUGAGGCUCUGGAAGAGCAGGCGUCUGCCACCUUCGUGGCCGAUGCCCCGGUGGCAUCACAGAAGUCCCAGGUGGCGAAAGACCCACCUCCGGCCUCGCCAAGCCAGGAUGCAAAGAAGCGCCCCGCCUGCCCAUCCUCACAGGUCAGCGUCGCAGCGAAAAACACGCAGACGUCGAAGCUGGAAUCACAGUCGCUGGUUGCCGCAUCCCAGGCGAAGCCUAAAGCCAAGGCCAAAGCGAAAGCCAAGGGAAAGGCUAAGGCCAAGGCCAAGGCCAAAUCGAAGGCCGCUGCCCCGAAGGCGAAGGCCAAGGCAAAGGCCAAGGCGAAAGCCAAGGCCAAAGCCGAAGGCAAAGGAAAAGUCGUACUUAUGAAGGCCACGCCAAAAGUCAAGGCCAAGUCGAAGGCAUUGAUGGAUGGAAGUCAAAGUGGCGCCCUGGUCAAAUGCGAACCACUCGAUGAGCCUGAGGACGGCAGCAAGCUGCCGGGGCGCAGUGUCGGUGAGCCGAACCUUCCUCGGAAGCAGAUGUGCGCUUCCACCGUGAGCUUUGGGCCAGCCAAAGGCUGGCGAGUCAUUGCCUGGCUCAAGACGGUGAACACCGUCAAAGAAAGGGCGCACGAUUCGGUCAUUUGCUGGAAGUUCCUGUCUCCACAACGCACCAGGGCCUUCAACUCCUUUCAGUAUCUCAAGAAGGGGGUUGGAGAAGGUGUGUACACGCAGAUCUUCACCGCUGUGCGACCUCCACUCUUGGGACAGAUCCGAGAAAAGCGACAAAGGCUCGAGGGCAGCACUUCGCCGCCGCCAGCGCCAAAGAAGAGGGCACGGCCGGCGAACACCUGUCGGCUACCACCCCCGGAGCCUCUGCCUGCGCCUCGCAAAGCGCUUUCGGCGGCCUCGGCGACGCCGCGCAAG